AUGGAGAUUUUGGAAGAUUCAGCAGCUCCCAUGAGCCCUUUGAGCCAAUACUUCAACACCUCUGCAAUGUGUGUUUCUGUUCUGGGUUUCAUUGAACUCGAAGCUCCAAUUUCUGCCUCCCACGCUAUGAACAUUGGCACUCAUGUUCUCAUCCCUGCUAACCCACGUUUCAGUUCCAUCAUGGUGAAGGAAAAGUGGUUCGGGGAGAGAAAAUGGAAGAUGGUUGAGGUUAACUUAGAAGACCACAUUUAUACACCAAAAUUUCCAGUGGAUCUCUCACCAUAUGAAUACGAUGCUUACUUUGAUGAAUAUGCCACAAACACAGCCACCAAACCCUUUUCUCAAAGCAUUCCUUUGUGGGAAAUUCACGUUUUCAACUACCCUACAACCCAUGCACCAUGCACUCUAAUUUUCAAGGUUCAUCACUCUAUAGCCGAUGGCUUUUGUCUUAUGAACACCCUUUUAAGUUUCCUUAAGAGAGCCGAUGAUCCUUCUCUUCCUCUCACUUUCCCGUCUCGAAAACGCUCAAAACAACCCGAAAAUGCACACGAUUUUGGUCGUCUUAGCCAUUUCCCAGCUUGUCUUUUCUUAUCUCUUCGCAACUUCCUAUCGAACUUUGGAUAUAGUAUUGCGAACACUUUCGUGGAAGAUGAUCCAACGCCCAUCAAACAUGAAGGAGAUUCCAUGCAACUCGUUAAGCCAAUUGCCAUAUCCACCAUGACCUUUUCCCUUGAUCAAAUCAAACAAAUCAAGACUAAGCUCAACGCGAGAGUUAAUGAUGUGAUCACGGGAAUUAUAUUCUUGGGAAUUCGACUAUACAUGCAAGAACAUAGCCCCGAUUCAUGGGAGGCAAAUUCAAGUGCAUUGAUUCUACUCAACACGAGAAAGGCUAAGGCUUACAAAUCAGUUCAAGAGAUGGUCAAAACCGACUCGGACGUACCGUGGGGAAAUAGAAUCGCCUUUUUGCCAGUGCCAAUCCCUAAACUCAUGGAUUCUACUCUUUCAACUGCCCCUUUGGAGUUUGUGAAGGAAGCCAAAAAGAACAUCAUGUUGCAAAGAAGCCCUCUCUCUGUGUUCAUGGCUGCUAAAGUUUUUGAUAUGUUGAAGCAUGUGACAGGCCCUGAGAUGGGAGCAAAGUUGUUCAAGAGGAAGCUAAACAAUUCAAGCACUAUCAUAUCAAAUAUGAUUGGUCCUACGGAGAAAAUGGCUUUGGUCAAUCGUCCAGUUAAAGGCUUAUACUUCACUGUUCCUGGUGUGCCUCAGAGCCUAAUUAUAACAAUUGUGAGUUACAUGGGAGACUUGAGGAUUGUGUUUGGAGGUGAGAAGUGCUUCAUAGAUUUACACAAGUUGAAAGCAUGCGUUGAAGAUGCCUUCCAAAGGAUGCUGAUCAAACAAGAUACAGCUAUUUAUACUCCUAUUAUGCUUUUCAAAUCACGCGGUGUUAUGCGGUACAUACCAUCAUGA